AUGUCUAAAGAGUUGGAUGUGGACACCUCAACCGUCGGUAAACGUUUGCAAGUAAUGGAAAUGGUCCAGAAAGCAGAUUAUCAGCAACACGACACGCAUCAGCUACAGCAGCAAGAGCAGCAUGCAACGCAGAUACACAGAUGCCACAAUGCCGCAAUAAAAGACAAUGUCAUUGAAUUCCCAACGAUGAACAGUUGCUGCAACAUCAGCCGUCACAACAACCAGCAAGAGCAGCAGCAGCAGCAGGCGAAGCAGGAGGAGCAGCAGCAAGGCAGGCGUUUGGUCAGCGAUCGCGUCGGAUGCAAAUUAGCGCAGGGUCAAGUUUUGCUCAAUGCCAGGGAGGCCGCAGCCACAUCCAUCACCUACGGUUGUGUUUCUAAUUACAAAGCGUAG